AUGUCAAAAUUACAUCAAGACAUUCAAUGCUUGCCACUCUCUGUUCGCUUAGGCUUUAUCUCAGUUUCUCUGUUGACCAUCUAUAUCGUCCAGUUACAGAUUCGCUUUUUUACUAAUGAUCACUAUCAUAAAAUAGCCAGUAUGUCACUCUAUGUUAUCGUAGGUGCAUCUAUGUUGUGUCUGGUUGCUUGGGACCAAGUUCGAAUUCCUUUCAUGUUUAUGUAUUCUUGUUUCUUUAAACGUAUUGGCCACCAUGGCAAUGACCAACAAAGCCGUCUUGAAUCGUUUUAUCAGGACCAAGCUAAAAUCUAUGACGAUUCACGCGGAGCCUUAUUGAGAGGUCGUAAAACAAUGCUCAAAUUGUGUGCUGCUCAACUCAAAGAACAAAUUGCCACUGGCAUGAUGAAUAAGAGACCUAUUUGGAUUGACUUGGGCGGUGGUACAGGUUGGAAUAUCGAAACCAUGAACGAUUCCUUUCCUAUUGACCAAUUUGAACAAGUUAUCCUUGUUGAUCUAACUCCUUCUCUCUGUGAAGUUGCCCGCGAACGAUUUGCAAACAAAGGAUGGAAGAAUGUUACUGUCCUUUGUCAAGAUGCUGCUUCUUUUCAAAUGCCUGGCCUUGAAGGUACCCUUGAAGGACGCGUUGGUCUUAUCACUGUCUCUUAUGCAUUAUCCAUGAUGGACUAUUACUACCCCGUCGUUGAUCGCAUUCAAUCCCUAUUAUCCCCUGAAGGCAUCGUUGGUGUUGUCGAUUUUUACGUUUCAGGUCGUACCAAUGCACCUGCAGAAAAAUGGUCUCCUCAACAAAACAGACAAUGUAACUGGUUCACUAGACACUUUUGGCAAGCUUGGUUUGAAUUGGAUCACAUCAACUUAACCCCUGGUCGUCGCGACUAUUUGGAAUACAAGUUUGGUACUAUUAAGUCGCUGAACCGUCGUAACCACUUUAUCGUGCCUUACUUGAUCCAAAUGCCAUAUUACAUUUGGCUUGGCUGUUCUCCUGCUCGUCAGAACGAAUUGUCGUCUCUUAUGGAGAUUCCCGAUGAUACAGACAGCGUGGCUAGUGGUAUUAGUAAUCUUUCUUCAUUCAAUAGUGCAAAUAGCCUUCUAGCAAGUCGUCGACGUUCCUCUUUCUCGUAUCAAAACAAACAAUGGCGAUUGGAUUAUAACCCAGCAUUGGCUUGUCACACACAAUUCCGAUCUUACAUUUAUGCUUUUACUUGGGAGGAUCCUCGUGUAGACCUUGAAUACUUGAACUUGUCCAAGGACGAUGUGAUGUUUGUUAUCACAUCAGCAGGUGAUAAUGCUUUAGAAUAUGCUCUUCAAGCACAACCCAAGCGAAUUCAUUGUAUUGAUAUGAAUCCAUGUCAGAAUCAUUUGUUGGAAUUGAAGCUUGCUGGUAUUACUUGUCUUGAAUAUACUGAUUUCUGGAGAAUGUUUGGUGAUGGUAACCAUCCUCACUUUUCUACCUUGCUGCAUGAUAUUAUUUCUCCACAUUUGAGUUCUUAUGCCUUUCAAUACUGGAGCCAUAACAAGGAUCGCUUCAGUUACAGGUUUUAUAAGACAGGUUACUCUGGGCUGGCUUUGUCUAUUCUUGAAUGGUGGAUUCGUAUGCAGGGACUAGGCAAAGAUAUUGAUGCUAUGACCAAUGCCACAACAAUCGAAGAACAAACGGCCAUUUGGAACACAAAGAUAAGACCUGCGAUUUUCUCUCCCAUGAUCCAAAAAGUGCUUCAUAACCCAAUGUUCAUGUGGAACGCUCUUGGUGUUCCUGUCAAUCAAAUGAAUAUGUUCUUGAAAGAAUGUACUACUCAAGAAUAUAUUGAAAACACACUUGACCCUAUCCCUUCACAUUCUUUGUUCAGCAACGAUCAAUACUUUUAUUAUCUCUGUUUAAAACAACGCUACAGUAAGAACAGCUGUCCUUCUUAUCUCACAAAAGAGGGCUUUGAGAAAUUGAAGUCUUCCGGCGCAUUACAAUCAUUCCGCUUACACACUCAAUCCAUCUUGGACGCACUCAGAUCCAUGUCAGACGGAUAUUUGACUCGUUUGGUUGUCAUGGAUCACAUGGACUGGUUUGAUCCAGAAUCAUGUCAAGAAUUAAAUGAAGAGAUUAUGGAAAUGAAGCGUGCUUUGCAAAGUGGCGGUCAGGUUUAUUGGCGUAGUGCAGGCACAAAACCUUGGUAUAAUACACUGUUUGUUAAGCAUGGAUUCAAAGUUGAGCCUCUUGGCAUUCGUCAACCUGGUAAAGCCAUUGAUCGCGUUAACAUGUAUGCUAGCUUCUAUAGAGCCGUAAAACCCUAA